AACGGUUUGUAAGAUUAAGAAGGAAGUUGGCAAGCCUUUUGGUUAUCGCAGUUUGUAGAACAUUUACUUCGAUGUUUGCUCAGGGGGGCGUGUGGGCGAGCAGUCGGAGACAGGAGUGGGGGAACAUUGACAGCAAACGGUGUUUCUGGUGCUGUGCGUGGACCGCAGAGGUGGAGAAGACAAUGUCAGAUAAGACUCAGAUGCCGAGUAGGGAGCGCGCCCUCGCGGGACGGGAGGAGAAAAUGUCCGUCGCUGACAAGCAUGCAGUCAACGGCAAUACCACCGUGCAGCCUUUUCCAGAAGGCACGGAGAUCAUCAUGUUUGGAAUGGGCUGUUUCUGGGGAGCUGAGAAACUUUUUUGGAAGCUUCCUGGGGUCUUCUCCACGCAGGUGGGCUUUGCCGGUGGCUUUACCCCCAACCCCACCUAUCACGAGGUAUGCUCAGGGCUGACUGGACACACCGAGGUCGUGAGGGUGGUCUUCUCUACCAAAGACACUAGCCUGGAGGAGCUGCUUAAACACUUUUGGGAGAACCACGAUCCGACACAAGGUAUGAAGCAGCAUGCCGACAUCGGGACUCAGUACCGUUCUGUCAUUUAUGCAAGCAGUGCGGAUCAACUGGAGCCGGCAUUGAAGAGCAAAUUGGCCUACCAGAAGGAGCUCGAGGCAAAGGGUCUCGGCACCAUCACCACCGAAAUUCUGGAGGGGCAGCAGUUCUUCUACGCCGAGGACUACCACCAGCAGUACCUGAAGAAGGUACCCAAUGGUUACUGCGGCCUUAAAGGCACUGGAAUCUCCUGUCCCUUUGGAGCCGGAAAAGAUGAUUAGUGGCGAUUGCUUCAUGGCUGAUACUUUCACCACUUUGUAUCAGUGAUUAAAGUAUAGCAUAGAAACAGGGAUGAAUAAUGAUGAGUAAAUGGGAGGUUUUGUAAUUAUAGAUCCACUUGGAAUUAAUUGCCACUGAUCUUUUAGAGUUUAGUUUCAAUUAGGGCUGGGCGAUAUAUCGAUAUACGCGAUAUAUCGUGGGUUUGUCUCUGUGCGAUAUAGAAAAUGACUAUAUCGUGAUAUCAAGUAUACGUUCUCACGCAGUUGCUUUUAGCCGCGGACAUUACACUACAGGCUCUCCUUCUCUUUCCAGUCUCUCCUUCUCACAGACAGACAAGCGCACCUUCUUACACACGUCACAUACUGUCACGUCAUACGUCACAUACGUAUACGCCCUCCCCGAGCAGAGAGGUAGCAGCAUGGUAAAGUUAGCUGUGAUGCUAGCGGAGUGGUGCGAGCGCUAAUACAAGAGAAAGAAGGUGCGAAUCUGGUAACAAAUGGAGGAAGAAUUAAUUCCCAAGAAAAACAGCACGGGGUCUAUCGUCUGGCGGUGGUUUGGCUUCAAGUGGGAAUAUGUCGAACAGACAACCGUCAUUUGUCAAGUGUGGGGCAAAAGCGUUGCUAUAAAAAGUAGCAUUACUGCUGUAACAAACAGUUUAGGGUGGCCCAAGUUACCGGAGUGUGUUAGGUAAGGAGGAGGAGUUUUGUCCCUCCAGAGUUGCCGUAGGGCUGUGACGUAGGGUGUGUGUGGUUGUGGAAGGAGGUGUGUGAUGUUGACAUUAAAGAAGCGGUGGCUACCAAACCUGCUCUAAUGUCUUCCGUUUAUUAUUUUAUUAGAUAAGUACACUGCAUAGGCGAACCCAGGACACUCGGCUGCACUGCUAAUAUGUAGCAUCAUUUGAAAAGUCCCACGCUAGACAAUGACGAGGGCUUACUCCGCACGUCAAUAUCUCCGUUUGGUGCCACACGUCCACACCAUCAAAAUGCAGAGGCAAACAUUUCCACAUCAACACCAUAUGAAAAAAAUUUUGAAUUUUUUUAGUUGUGAUUUCCUUCUCUGCAUGAAAGUUUAAAAGUAGCAUAUAUUAAUGCAGUAUGAAGAACAAUGUUUUAAUGUAGACACAUAGAAUCAUCAUACUGCCGUGAUUAUAUGUAUCAAGGGUUCAUUCAAGGCUAAGGCAAAAUAUCGAGAUAUAUAUUGUGUAUCGCGAUAUGGUCUUAAAAUAUCGCGAUAUUAAAAAAAGGCAAUAUCGCCCAGCCCUAGUUUCAAUGCAGAAUUUCUGCAGCUUACUCACCAAAACGCCUUCUUUAUUGAAGCAAAAUAAAAUCAGUACUAAGUGCUAAAUCAAAUUCCAGUCAAGUUUAAAUCAUGUAGAGCACUGGUGUCAAACUCAAGGCCCGCGGGCCAGAUCUGGCCCUCCACGUCAUUUUAUAAGGCCCACAAAAGCCUGGAAAUAAUUUGUCAAUAAAAUACCUUAUAUUUUCUUUCUUUACUUUCUUAUUAUCUUACUAAAGGUAUUCGGGUUUUUUUUCUCAUUUUGACAGGAAUAUU